AUGGCGACCGAGAAGUCAGUCGAGCACUCCAACGUCGAGACGGUCACCACACCUAAUCCGCCCAAUGACCAUGGCAAAUCUGCUCUGAUCACCGACAACUUCUUGGAGCAUGAGCAGACUGUCUUUCAGGUCAUUCGGGAUCAUCCGGCCUUGGUCUGGUGGGCUUUCUUCUUCAGCGUCAGUGCUAUCGGAUGGGGAUUUGAUGCCCAGGUCAACGGAGCAGUUCUCUCCAUCCCGUCUUUCCGACGAGAUUUUGGAGAAGAGUACGACAGUGGCUAUGUGGUCCCUGCUCCAUGGCUAAGCGCGUUCAACUCGAUUUCCUCCGUUGGACAGUUCUUUGGAGGCUUUAUUUGCAGUAUCUUUGCCGACCGUUUCGGUAGAAGACUGGCCCUGGCCAUUGGCGUGCUCAUUUCUUGUGGAGGUAUCUUUGGAGAACUCUUUUCGACCGCCAGAGCUGCAUUCCUGAUCAGCAAGUUGAUCUUGGGAGUCGGACUGGGUUUCUACCUCACUAUCGGACCCUUGUACUCUUCUGAAGUCUCGCCUGUUGUCCUUCGAGGUAUCACCACCGCAGGUGUCAAUCUGGGUAUUGUGAUCGGCCAGUUGCUUUCCAACGCAGCCAUCAAGGGAUUCGGUGAUCGGGAUGAUAGAUGGGCAUACCGUGGCCCAUUUGCCAUUCAGUUCUUCUUUGUCGCCUUCCUUGCCCUUGGACUUCCAUUCUCCGUCGAGUCCCCUUGGUUCCUUGUCCGCCAUGAGAGGAUGGAGGCCGCUCGAAACGCUCUCCAGCGCCUCUACGGCCGCGGAACGAACGUCGAGACAAAACUCGUGGCCAUUCAGAUGACCGUUGCCCAAGACCUGGCAGCUCAAGAGUCCAAGUGGUCUGACGCUAUCCGUGGCCCCAAUCGCCUUCGCACUGCAAUUUCCUGCGGAGUCUUCGUUUGCCAACAUCUCGUUGGAAUCAUCUUCGUCCUAGGCUUUUCCACAUAUUUCUUCCAACUGGCCGGUCUCCCUACCGAGCGGUCAUUCGAUCUCGGCGUGGGAGUUACCGCCUGCGGUGUCGUUGGAACCAUCAUCUCCUGGACCAUCGUCAAUCGUAUUGGAAGACGUACCAUCUUCAACUCCGGCAUGGCAAUUCUCAGCAUCAUUAACUUGCUCAUCGGUAUCCUGGACGUCGUUCCCACCAGUGGCGCGAGCUGGACACAGGCCGCACUCACUGUGGUCUGGGCCUUCUUCUACCAAGUCAGCAUUGGAGCCGUCGCCUUUGUCCUGCUCGGUGAAACAUCCGCGCCCUCCCUGCGUGCUAAGACCACCGCCAUGGCGACCGCUACCCAGGCUGUCUUUGGUAUUGUCAUGAACAUUGUCGUGCCAUACAUGGUCAACCCGGAUGCUGGCAACAUGAAGGGUAAAGUGGGAUUCGUCUUUGGUGGGCUGGGUGCGAUCGCAACGGUUGGUUGUUUCUUGUAUAUUCCGGACUUGAAAGACCGCACUUUCGAGGAGAUCGAUACUAUGUUUGCCAAUCGCGUGCCGCCACGCAAGAUGGGAGAAUAUGUGGUCGAACAUUAA